AUGCGCCUGCCAUGUGUGCUGCUGGCUGGCGCGGUGGGGGCUGCGCGAGGUGUAGAGCUUGGUCCCAACUGGGCCGGGGUGAACUCCUUCUUCGCGCAUGCGCUGCCGACCACAGGUCCGUCCAACCGCACGGCCUACCUCGACAGCAUGAGGCAAGCUGGACUUCGGGUGCUCCGCAUCUUCAUCAGCGCAACCGACGAGGACUACAAGAGCAGCGGCUCCCAGGCUGUGGAUGACAUCGAGACCAAGCAGGUUGGUACCUAUGAUGACCGCAUCUUGACCCUUGUUGAUGACUUGAUGCUCGAGGCGCACGAGCGGGGCAUCAAGCUGGACAUUGCGAUGCAUGACCGCUACUCCUUGGGCUGUUGGCGUGCAGACGCUUAUGUGACGGCUUAUAACUUGCCAAAUGCCAAUAGCACCUGCGACACGAAGAAGAACCAAGUGGAGCAGUUCUACACCGAUCCUCAUAUACAGGCGGCGUUCGAUGCGCGCCUGGUGCACAUCCUACAGCACUGGAACCCCCACUUCAACGCCUCCUGGGGGCAGCUCAAGGAGGUGGUCCUCUCCUUCGCCCCUGAGAAUGAAGCCCAAGGGCACCUUGAGUCCGUGGACAAGGGCUGGUGGUGUCGCCGGGCCCAGGUCAUGAAGGCCAACAUGCACCCUGGCAUAGCCAUCUCCACUGGCGGCUCCAUUGAGCUCACGGAUGCGCUGUAUCAGCAGCUUUAUGCCUGUCCAGAGAUUGGUGUCAUCGAUAUCCAUACCUAUACCACCGACGUCCAGAGUGUCAAGGAUGUGCUGCAGAUCUCGCUGACCUGGGCAGUGAGCCAUGGAAAGCGAGUGAGGCUUCAGGAGUUUGGUUUCAAGGGGAAUGACGACCUGAAAGCUCAGAACGUGUUCCCCCUCAUUCAUGCUGCCAGCGAGAUUGGGAUCCCCUUCAUGCCGUGGGAGCUCUUACAUCCAGAGAGCUCUACAGACUUCGAGUUCUGGAGAGAAGGGGGGUUCUGGCGUGGGCUGUCCGAGCUCAGCCACGCCGCGCAGCGCAACGCCACAAUCCUCCCAUGGCCAGAGCUGAGCCUCUCAAACGCGAGCAUGCGGCUCAAGGCGAACUGGCUGCUUUGCAUUGUGAACGAGGAGUGUGCUUCUGGUUGUUGCAGCAACGAGUGGAGCGACGACCACAAGUACAAGUGCACUCCGGGUGGUAGUCGGUGCACGGGCAACCGCCUUGCAGACUGGGUGUCCUGUACCCAAAACAGGGACUGCGCCAACGGGUGCUGCAGCAAAGAAAAGAGUGACGAUGGCCAACACAAGUGCACGCCAGGUGGCACCCCGAGCCUUUGUGGUGAUGCGGUUCUGAAAGAUGGAGAGGCCUGCUCUUCCAACGGCAACUGCGCCAGUGGCUGCUGCUCCAGCCAGCGGUGCGUGGCACGGGCCCUCCCAGCACACUGCAACGCGAUGCACAUCUCUCAGUCAGUCGUGCUAGAGAGGCCGUUUGCAUCUUUAUUCCUCUGA